UAUAAAUGGAUUAUUGUAUUCGUAAGACCGAAAUGACUGAUAACAAAGAAGAUGAUGGUAAGGAUGGAUGCUAGAUUAUUAGUUACAUUUGCAAGUUAUGAAUGGGAAAAUAUCAAGGCAACAACAACAUCAUAAUUGCCGACUUGUAGGAAUUGUCACACAGCCACAACAUUUAAACACUACAUGAUCAUCUUUGGUGGCAAAGAGGGUGAAGGCAGGAAGAAGUUCUGCAAUGACAUACAUAUUUUGGAUUUAAAAAGAUUAAAGUAAUGAAUUUCAAGUAAAAGAUUAGUUGGACAUCAUAAAUCAAAGUAAGUGGAUAGAUACCAGAUGUAAGAAUGGGACACAGUGCUUAAAAUUAUUAUGAUAAAAUUGUCUAUUAUGGAGGAUGGAAUGGAUACACAGUAUUGGAUGAUAUUAUUAUGAUGACUCCAAGUGAAUAAAUGAAUGUUGUUUGUAUUGAUUGGUAACAUGUCAAAUCUGAGAAUACACCUCCAAAGAGACAAUUUCAUACAGCUAAUAUUUGUGGAGACUUUAUGUAUAUUUUUGGAGGAGGAGAUGGUAAAAUGUGGUUGAGUGAUCUAUACAAAUUUGAUCUAGUUAAAUGUUUCUGGACUUAAGUAGAAACUACAGGACAAAAACCAUAAGGCAGAUUGUAACAUAGUUCAGUCAUCUAUGAUCAUAAAAUUUAUGUUUUUGGUGGUGAACCUGACAGAUCGCAUCAAUUAAAUGACUUAUAUCAAUUGGAUAUUGAAAACAAUCUAUGGACACGCUUGUAACCCAAGGGAAGUACACCGUCUCCUAGAGUUAGUGCUUCAGCUGUUAUGAUGAAUAAUAAGAUCUAUUUGUUUGGAGGAUAUGAUGGAUAACAAUGGAGAAAUGAUGUCUUCAUGUACAAUAUCACUGAAAAUCAAUGGGAAUAUAUUGUGAUCAACACUUAAGACAAUUAAUCUAAUUUCAGAGGCCAAACUAAAGAUAGCAGCACAUCUUAACAAUCAUCACCCCCAAGACCCAGAUGUCGACAUUCUGCUAUUGCCUAUAAGAAUACCAUUGUGAUCUUCGGAGGGAAUGAUAGUGAGAAAUCAUAUAAUGAUGUUUACAUGCUGAAACAAUAGUCAAUCAUCAAAUUAGCAGAAUCUACACUCAAACAAGAUUAUUCAAGCAUUCUAUUUUCACCUAUUCUGAGUGAUAUCACAUUCUUUAUUGAUAAUCAAGAGAUUCAUGCACAUAAAAUUAUAUUGGCAUCUCGUUGCGAAUACUUCAAAACUCUAUUCUUAAACGAAUAAUUCAACUUAGGAGAUAAGCUUGCUAUCACUGACACAUCUAUUAAUGUUUUCAAGGGUAUUCAUUAAAUAAUUUAAUCACUAUAGCAAUCUUACAGUACAUCUAUACUGAUGAAGUCUUCAUAGAUUCACACAUUGUUUACGAUUUAUUAGCAUUGGCAGAUAAGUAUAUGUUGCAGAGACUUAAGAAUUUUUGUGAAGAUCAUUUAGUAUUUAUUCAGAUUUCAUUAAUCCUAGAUUAAAAACAUUUCACUCAAAAAUGUGAUUGAUGUUGUCAAUUUGGCAGAUAAAUUCUCUGCAUAAGAAUUGAAAGCCAAUGCCAUGAUCUUUCUACUCGAUAAUAAAUAGAAGAUACUGAAUACAUAAGAUAUUAAUAUGCUAUCUAAGGAGAUAUUAAUAGAAUUGUUAAAAUUUACUAAAUGA